AUGCCCUUUGACUUUCAGAAAUACGACGAAAAGUGCCGUGGGCUCACGCCAGAGGAGCUACAGAGAGAAUGGCAGCACUACACACGUCUGAUCACCGGCGCUGCGACUUCCACCACCGUCUCUGGGCUGGCUAUUCCUCUAACAGCCGGAGUCUCAACCAUAGGCGUAGCAUUAGCCGCUCCUGCAAUCCACAAUGCCCGGAAGAAGCGGGAAAUCAUUGAGAGGCAUCUCACCAGGCACUCAGCGUCCCACGUAACACGCAAGCGAGACGUCCUCAGCGGCGUGGCGGUCAGCGGGACCAUUGGCGUCAUGACGCUUGGUGUCGCCUCAAUGGGGGCAGAUACUAUUGCCGCACAUGGCGCAGAGCAUGGUAUAUCUGCGAUUAUUGAGAAUGAAACGGCAGUCAAGGUCGUCACGCACGCGGCGCUCGACGGCGCUGGACUCGGAGUCGAACAUGUGCAUACGAACCACGUCAGGAGAAAGGAGGCACAGAAAGCUUUCCAGGCUGCCGGUGUCUUCCAGGCUGUGCAGGGUGCUAAAGCAGCAGAGGCGGGUUAUCCAAUGCAGCCGUACAACCCCCAGGCAUGGGCCGCAGGCUCGAGCUCUCGACUUUCGAUUGCUUCUCCUCCCCCAGCGUACAACUCAGGGUACGCCCCGAUGCCGCAAUCAGCGCCCUACUUUCAUCCACCUCCACAAAGUACCGCCGGGCCAUCCAUGCCGUACUUUGCUCCUCCUCCAAGUGUGCCUCUGUCACCUGCGCCGACCAAGUCCCGCAAUGUCACCCGGCCGUUAAGCCAGUUGUAUCACAGGACACUACAAAAGGUUGCCUCACCCCCGAUGAGCCCGCCUUCUGCCCCAAUGCAGCACGCACCAGGGCUAAAUAUGCAGCCCUACCAGCCUAUGCCCGUGGAACCGACGUACGACGCCGUUCCGGUCCCGCAAAGCUACUAUGACAAGCGUCCGCUGUCACAGGUGCUUCCACCAACACCAAUGUCUUUGCCUAACUCUCCCGUGCCAGUUCAGCAGCAGCAGCACUACUCUGGUGCAAGUUACUUUCCUCAGACAUCCUCACCUUAUCAACCUGGAUACUCGAGUCAGCCACGACAUCCUCCGCCUGGCACUGCGGCUUACCAGGCGCAGUAUACAGCUCCUGUCACCGAUGCGCCAUGGCAAGGCUACCAGCGUUGA